AUGUUGGGCUUGGUGGGUAUAGACCCAAACAAAAAGGCCCCCAGUACCAGUUACGCAUUCAGAGCAAAGGAGCUAAAUCAACUUCACCACUCAGUCUUCUUCUACACAAGGAAGGCGCUAUCCCUCGCCGCCGUCAUCACAGUUAUAGUUCGUCCAUUGCGGGUAGACGUUGAAUCUAACGUUUGA